CGGAGGCGAGAGGGCCGUCCAACGACGGAGGGGCGGCGGCAUCAGGGGUGCUACGAAGCUUGAGGCGGAGGCCAGGAGUGGAGAUGCUGAAGGGGUACCACGUGGCUGGGGGGCCAAUCCGGGCCCGAGGGGCGGUGGCGGCGGCCCAAUGCCGGGGGCGCGGAGCCGCCGGAGGUGGCCGGAGGCUGUGGGCGGCGGCGUGGGUGCCGUGCUCCCGGGCGGAGACUGCUGCGGCAGCAGCGGGGCUGACGGCGGCGGUGGCGGAUGGCGGCGGCGGGAAGGGGCUGGCGGAAAGGCUCCGGCUGGGGAGUCUGGUGGAGGACGGGCUGUCGUACAAGGAGAGCUUCAUCGUGAGGUGCUACGAGGUGGGGAUCAACAAGACCGCCACCGUCGAGACUAUCGCCAAUCUCCUCCAGGAAGUUGGGUGCAACCAUGCACAGAGUGUUGGGUUUUCGACGGAUGGGUUCGCGACGACACCCACCAUGAGGAAACUUCACCUCAUAUGGGUGACUUCUCGCAUGCAUAUUGAGAUAUACAAGUAUCCUGCCUGGGGUGAUGUUGUGGAGAUUGAAACAUGGUGCCAAGGGGAAGGAAAAAUAGGCACCAGGCGUGAUUGGAUUCUCAAGGACUUGGCUUCCGGUGAAGUUAUUGGUAGAGCUACGAGUGACCGGAAGAUUGGCAAAAGGUCGAAGAUAUGGCCAUUUCAGGACACAAUCAGGGAAAAAAACUGCAAGUGGGUGAUGAUGAACCAAGACACUAGGAGGCUUCAGCGAGUAAGUGACGAAGUGAGGGAAGAAUAUCUUGUUUUCUGCCCAAGAACUCCUAGAUUAGCAUUUCCAGAGGAGGAUAAUGGUAGCUUGAAGAAAAUUCCCAAACUUGAAGAUCCUGCAGAAUACUCACGAUUGGGACUUAUUCCCAGAAGAGCUGAUUUAGACAUGAACCAACAUGUAAACAAUGUCACUUACAUUGGAUGGGUCCUCGAAAGCAUGCCUCAAGAAAUUAUAGACACCCAUGAACUGCAGACAAUCACCCUGGAUUACAGGCGAGAGUGCCAGCAUAAUGACAUGGUUGAUUCUCUCACCAGUCUAGAAUUGGCAGAUGAUGAUACUACAAAUGGCUCUGCCACUGGAAAGCAACAUGAGCAAGCGCACCGUCCGUUUUUGCAUUUCUUAAGAUUGUCAGGCACUGGACUUGAAAUAAAUCGGGGCCGCACUGAGUGGAGGAAGUUGGUUCGAUGAUGUUUUUGUUAGGUGCAUUUUAGUUGAUUCGUCCCAAAAGUUAGUCCUUGUCACCAUUUCAGUUCUCUAUUUUGGUUAUUACUUCUAUUGUGUCUGCUCUUUCGAAUGCAAGCAUUAUGCAGUCAUUUGUUGUACUUUUCGUCCUUUCGUCAAUCAUGUAAUGUAAGUGCUUAGAUUUUGCAGCAAUUUUUUUGGUCAAUUGGGCGGUGAGGUUAUUUUUAACUGGGAGACAAUUAUAUCAGUUUCAUUUGCUAAGUUUGAUACUACCAUUUAUGUCUGAUUAUUAAAGUGUUAAAUAUGAGGUUCUUGAGACGUGGGAGAACAUUCAAUUCUCAGAAUGAGUAUCUAAAUAUGCUUCAACAU